CCGACUUAUAACAGUCGCUACACUCCUAUAGAAAAGCUUGAAAUUGAACACAGUCGAUGAAUUUUCCUCUCCGCCUGGAAGAUUGUGGAGCUCCCAGUUGUUGUUAACAACGGUCUAGAGAUUCGUGUCUCUUGAAAUUCGAUCUGAGUUUCACCUUCAAGGUUUUAAUCAGGAAUGAAGCAUUCAAAGGAUCCGUUUGAAGCAGCGAUUGAGGAAGAGCAAGAGGAAUCGCCACCGGAAUCACCCGUUGGCGGAGGAGGAGGAGGUGAUGGUAGUGAAGACGGACGAAUUGAAAUCGACCAGACUCAAGAUGAAGAUGAGAGACCUGUGGAUGUUCGCCGUCCGAUGAAGAAAGCUAAAACCUCUGUUGUUGUUACUGAAGCUAAGAACAAAGAUAAAGAUGAAGAUGAUGAAGAAGAGGAAGAGAAUAUGGAUGUUGAGCUUACUAAAUAUCCAACUAGUUCUGAUCCUGCUAAAAUGGCCAAAAUGCAAACCAUAUUAUCGCAAUUCACUGAGGAUCAGAUGAGUAGAUAUGAAUCUUUUAGGAGAUCUGCACUUCAAAGACCACAGAUGAAGAAGUUAUUGAUAGGUGUCACUGGUAGUCAGAAGAUUGGUAUGCCAAUGAUUAUUGUUGCGUGUGGUAUUGCAAAGAUGUUCGUUGGUGAACUCGUUGAAACAGCUCGAGUUGUUAUGGCGGAAAGGAAAGAAUCAGGACCUAUCAGACCUUGUCAUAUCAGGGAGUCUUAUCGGAGACUAAAGCUCGAAGGAAAAGUGCCUAAAAGAUCAGUUCCACGCCUUUUCCGCUAGUCAACAAGAGCCAAAAGAGAACUUAUAUCAGCCUAAGACUGGGGAAUUUACCAAUGCUGCUCAAGGAUAAGGGUCUACGGCAGGUUUAAGCUGGCGAGAUUUGCCUAUCAAUCUCAUCAUAAAGGAGAACUUCUUUGGCUUCCCUGGUGGAUCAUAUUGUUCUUUGAUGUUCUUAACUUUGUGUGACAACUUUUGUAGUAAAUCAAUCUUUGGAUACAGACCCUGAAAUGGCUAUCAGUCUUACGGUUUGGUUUUUAUUUGGUUUACGUUUCCAGUUUUCAUUUUCAAUACAAGAUCAAUCUUUGACUACAGACCACAUGGCCUAAAAGUGGCAAUCCGGUUUACUAGGUUGGAUUCGGUUUCAUUUCCGGUUUUAUAGAAUUCGAAAUCAAAUAAAAUCAUUUGUAAUCCG